AUGGCGCUAUGUAAAUCCAAGGCGGGACAUGGAAGAUCUUACGCGGCGCCGUUCGGCAUCACGGCCGAGUACGCGCACCCGGCCGAGACGCUCAUCCUUGGCCUUGGCACGUUCCUCGGGCCGCUUCUGCUGACGCGCCACCUCCUCACGCUCUGGGUCUGGAUGGUCGUCCGCAUCAUGCAGUCGAUCGAUAGCCACUCGGGGUACGACCUUCCGUUCGCGCUCACGUCGUGGCUGCCGUUCUGGGGCGGCCCCGUGCACCACGACUACCACCACGAAAAGUUCGACUGCAACUACGCGUCGUUUUUUACGAUCUGGGACUGGGUCUUUGGCACCGACGUCCAGUUCCGCGAAGCGCAGCACAUCAAGUACACGACGGGCAAGAGCUCGUGGUCCGAUGCGUUCUACAAGCUCGGCCUUGCCUCGUACGUCAAGGACACGGACGCCAAGAAGGCCAAGACGGCAUAG